AUGGACACUAUGGAUGCCGGCAGUAGGCAGAGCAUCGGCUUGCCGUCAAUCAACCACAUGGAUGCCGACAGAGUAAAGCGCGAAGAGGUCGAGUAUCAGAGAAAACACUCUGUCGCCGCCGCCAUGCCUAGUCCGAUGCAUCCCUACGCGGGACCGCCGCAUCUGCAUAGCAAUCACCAAUCGUCAGUCGCCAGCGCAGUACCCGGCUCGCUUGGAGGCCUACUGUCUCCUCCCGAAUCACGAAGGACGUCUGGCGACGAGAAAGAGACGCAACGACCGACGGCCCGUCAAUCGCUGCCUUCAAUACACGAGGCCCUAGGUUCGGAACAGCCGCUGUCAUAUCCAUCUACAGUGCCUCCACCUUCAGCGGUAACUUCAGCGCCCCAGCACUACCAUCCACAUUCCGCUGCUGCUUCGCCCGCUGAACCACGGCCACGACCAUUUCCAUCCGAUCCUCAGCACGCCAGCCAAGGGCCUUCUAAUCCCUUCACCUAUCCGCGAAGCCCAUUCGUCGGUGCACCAGCAUCACCUACAGUCUCCCGGCAGCCGCCGCAAGUCCAGUCAGAUUCUCUGCCCCGCCCGCCCUUUUCAGAACCACGGCCACCCUAUUCUACUCCUCAACACAAUCCGAAACUGCCCACCCUACACCCACUUAAGACCACGCAAUCUCCGCCACCAAGCGUUGCUCGUCCCAACGCUCCUUACUCAUCGUAUCCCCCACCACCAUCAGCCACUUACGAGAGCCCUGCUCCUUCCUCGGCGGGACCCAUGAACCAUCAUUACCCGUAUACGCAGUAUCCUAACUAUCCUUCAUCCACGCCUUCAGCAAGUGCUUCCAACUCGGCUUACCCCCCAGCCAGCUCAACUUACUCGGCUCCACCUCGGUAUGCCCCGCAACCGUGGCAGGAUAAUUCAGAGAUGGCUCGGCUAGAAGAGAAGAAGAUUGGUCGCUCAAGCUUAGCACCCUAUGGCGAGUCGGUCAAGCGACAUCUAGAGAGUUUUGACCUUGAGGCUUCUCUCAACGAGAUGGCCGAUGGAUCCGGACGCGUUGCCGAAUUUUCAAAAGUCUACCGACAACGUGCGCAUGAGAACCAACGCAUUGGCUUGACACCACAGUCGAUGCCAAGGUUAGACGAGGUCGAUGAUAUGAUCAAGCAGAGCGAGAGAAUCCAGAUGUCACUUCAACGGAUGCGAGAAGUCGUCUUCAACCACCACCAGGCGAGCAUCGUAGAGCCUCCCCAAGACCCACGCUACCGUCCGAUGAAUGGCUAUGAUGACAACGCAAGCAACUACGGCGAUGACACCAAGGGCAUGGGUGGCUUUGCUGGUGGUGACAAUAAGACCCGGAAGCGAGGUCGGGCCGCACCGCCAGGACGUUGCCAUAGCUGUAACAGAGCCGAGACCCCUGAAUGGCGAAGAGGGCCAGACGGUGCUCGAACCUUGUGCAAUGCUUGUGGUCUACACUACGCCAAGUUGACUCGCAAAAUGGGUGGCAAGCAAGCGAUGACAAGCUCAAAUUUACGACCCAAGUCCAUUGACCAUGGCUCACCAACGAUUGGGAAGGCUUUGCACAGCGUAGCGACAUGCGUGCACGUGGGCGAGGACAACGGUAGGCGAGGCGCAUUUGGUGGACAGCAAAAGAAGACGCCAUGCGCAGUCGUGCAUCGGGGCUCGCUGAAACCGAGGCGUCUGCAGCGCGUUCAAAACUGCAAAAGCCCUGCGUUGCGUCAAACCCCGCUAAACGUCCCAUAUUCUGCAGUGCUCCCCGAACACCUCCCCGCAAUCGCCGUUCAAAACCAGAAGCCACCCAUUCACACGUCUGCUCGGCCCGCCCGUGCACCAACCCGCAUUGGACUCCCUACCGUAACGCCUUACAGAACGAACUUGGGAUGGGUCUGCUGUGAGAUCCGUGCUACGUCUCUCGCCGCCCUCGCUAAUAUCAUAUCAAGUGCCCUAGGAACGCCUCUUGACUGGCCAGAGGCCAAGAAAGUUGCUGGUCAGCAACUGCUCGCCAUCUGGCGCAAUGCCAAAGGCAAGGAGAGGGAUGCGCUCCUUUGGGGGGACGAGAUCGAGUACUUGGUUGUUUGCUAUGAUCAAGACAACCACAAGGUCCGAUUGUCGCUCCGCCAGGCAGAUAUCCUAGCUGCGCUGGCCAACGACGAGAAACUUCUGCAGCAAGGCGGCGGGGUACCUGACCUACAAACCGGAAACGCCGACGCAAAGGAUAACCCUGCACCGGUCUUCCAUCCCGAAUUUGGGAGGUUCAUGCUGGAAGCAACUCCCGGAAAGCCAUGGGGCAUUGGCUUCAAGGACCUGCUUGAUGUUGAACCAAACAUGAAAUGGAGACGAGCCAUAGCCAAGGAUCACAUGGCACAGAGCGAGUUUCCAAUCACAUUGACGACAUUCCCUCGUCUCGGAUCGGCCGAUUGUAUCGUACCAUCAUAUCCUGUUUCUGGGCCCAAGCUACGAUCCCAAUUUGUACCGGAUGAAAUUGCCAACCCGCAUAUUCGCUUUCCUACCCUAGCGGCAAACAUUCGUUGGCGCAGGGGCCGGAAGGUCGAAGUAAAUGUCCCAGUUUUCAAGGACGAGAGCACACCGUGGCCGUGGAAGGAUCCUACAGUCAAUUAUGACAUGCACAACUGGCCCGAAGAUGACGACGUUCGCAAUGGUGCUGCCAAGGACAACUACAUCCACAUGGACGCCAUGGCGUUUGGUAUGGGAAGCUGCUGCUUGCAGAUUACCUUCCAAGCAAAGAACAUUGAGGAAGGAAGGAAGAUGUACGAUCAGCUCAGCCCGAUAGCACCCAUCUUGUUAGCAUUGACGGCGGCGACACCAAUCUAUAAGGGUUUCCUGGCCGACACCGAUGUGCGAUGGAACCAAAUUAGCAGAGCGGUCGAUGACCGCACACCGGAAGAACUAGGAGAGAAGCCGCUCAAGAACGACCGAUGGAGACUACCCAAGUCGCGCUAUGCGUCAAACUCAACCUACAUUUCCCAGGAUCCUCGCUUGCGGCCUGAGUAUCUCGACCCGGAUCUCAUUAUCGACGCCGACAUCAAGCAGCGCCUGGUUGAGGGCGGCAUGGAUGAUCUUCUUGCGACACAUUUUGCUCACCUCUUCAUUCGUGAUCCUAUUGUCGUUUUCGCAGAAGACCUCCAGGAUUUGGACCUUACUAAAGCCGACCACUUUGAAAACUUGCAGUCAACCAACUGGCAGCACAUGCGCUUCAAGCCGCCGCCAGCUGGUUCUGACAUGGGUUGGCGUGUUGAGUUCCGUCCGAUGGAGAUUCAAAUUACUGACUUCGAGAACGCUGCCUUCUCGAUCUUUAUCGUGCUUCUGACCCGUGCCAUCCUCUCGUUCAAUCUCAACUUCUACAUACCCAUCACAUUGGUGAGCGAAAACAUGGAAACAGCACACAUCCGCGACGCCGUAUCGACACAGAAAUUCUGGUUCCGAAAGAAUCCCUUCUCGACACACAAGCCCAGUGGAACAGGUACAUCGACACCUGUGAGGAACGGCAGUCGUCCAGCGACGCCUACCGGCCCUGUUGAGGAAGAGUAUGAGCAAAUGUCAGUCAACGAGAUUAUCAAUGGGCAGACAAAUUCAACCGAUGGCAAUGGCUUCCCCGGCCUUAUUCCGCUUGUUGAGUCUUAUCUCAACAGCAUGAACGUCGACGUUGAAACGCGCUGCGAUCUCGCCACCUACUUGGAUUUGAUCCGUAAGCGCGCUAACGGUACAUACUGGACUGCGGCCAAGUGGAUCAGGCAUUCUGUCCAAACACAUCCGGCGUACAAAAAAGAUAGUGUUGUUGGAGACGAUAUCACGUACGAUCUUGUCAAGGCUGCAGAGCAGAUUACUCGUGAAGAGGGCCGGGAUGGGUUAGGCAAGGAGAUGCUGGGAAAGCGACGUUGA